GACGAGCGGCGACCGCCACCUGCUGGCCGGGGACGCAACCGCAGUCAGGCGGAGCAACACAUCGUUCGUUGGUCGCCGACUGGUCCAGGCUGAAGGAGGGCACACGGGCGAACAGAUGUGAACCGGACUACGACAAGACAACAAGCUGUCGACAAGACGGAGAGCCUUUCGUAACUGCUAAUAUGUGGCAACCAGCGUCCGAGCGACUGCAGCACUUUCAGAGCAUGCUGAAGACGAAGCUGAAUGUGCUGACGCUGAGAAAGGAACCGUUGCCCACGGUGAUCUUCCAUGAGCCCGAGGCCAUUGAACUUUGCUCCACCACACCGCUUACAAAGAACAAAACCCAUGCUGGAUACAAGGUGACCUACCUGGGCAAGGUUACCAUUUCUGGGACCAACUACUUGUCUGGCUGCACAGAGUCAGCAGUGGUCGGUCUGGUGGAGCAUCGUGCUCUCGCUCAGCAGCAGGGUUCAUGCCCCCCCGGCAGCUCUCUACUGGAGAUACGGCCCUUCCAGGUACGUCUCCACCACCUGGAUGGGCACAGCGAGGCCUCAGUAACCAUGGACACCUACCAGGUGGCACGGAUUGCAUAUUGCACAGCCGAUCACAGUAUCCGACCCAACGUGUUUGCUUGGAUCUACCGGGAAAUCAACGACGACUUGACCUUCCAGAUGGACUGCCACGCCGUGGAGUGUGAGAGCAAGCUAGAGGCUAAGAAGCUCGCGCACUCGAUGAUGGAGGCUUUCCGCAAGACUUUCCAUAGCAUGCGCUGCGACGGCCGCAUCAACAAGAGUGGCUCAUCGGAUGAGUUUGCUGAGGAUUCAUCUACUCCGGAAGACUCAACCCCAGACGAUGGUUGAACCGACGCUGAUCGAAACUCCUGAUCCCCAUUCUUACAAAACAAGGGGUGAAGGGAAGGACAGACAGAUUAGCUGCUAUCUCUCAUUCUCCCCUUUUACGUUCAUUCUGACCAUUAGCAGACGCUAAGAAUCAACUCCACUGCAAUAGUAAUACUUUAAAGAUUUAUUGUCCAAUGAAAAAGUUCUCUUUUAGAUCUUUAUGGGUGAAGUCAUUCUGACGAGAUUCUCCAGAUAUUUACAUUCCCAUUUCCUACAAGGGUCAGUCUUGCGCCCUGCAGAGGCACCUGUCUGUGGUCAUUAAAGCUUUUCUAUCUAUGGAACCACAAACUACAUUGCCUGAUCUUUGCGAAAGCCUAUUAUCACUAGGUAGGGACCAAGCAGAAAUAGGCCUUUGACUAUUUUGGUCCGCAGUUAAGAGUUUCUAAGACUGUUGGAGCACAUUGAUUCCAUGUGCUUCCAUGAUGACUAGAAAACUUUCAUCUUUGAUAAAAGCAAACAAGGGUGCACCUGAGUAUCAGCGUAUCAUCUUCAUGGUACCAUCUUCAGCACCCCCCCACCCCCCACAAACUACAGGUAUUUACUCAUAUGGUACUUAGGUAUGUCAGUACAUGUAAGAUGUCCAUAGAAAUGUAGGUAGAUGUUUCCCAUGUUCUGAUUAGGCUGAUAGCUGGAGCUUGUCUUUGACAUGUUAAUCAUUUAUGUCUGAUUUUUGUUUUGAACAUACCAAAAUUCAGGCUUACCAGUGCCUGUCAGAUUAUGUGCCUCAAUUUCAUCUGCAUUUGUGUUGUCUAGGACCUGAUUAGUACACGUGGCUGAAUGUGUUAGCGAUGAUUGUGUACAAUACACAAGUGCUUGUCGCCUGUGUAAAGUAGAAAAGGAUAGAUGCAAGAGUAAAAUUAAAAGGAAACCGUGUGAACAGUUUAAGUUGAGGACUUCCAACGGGCAGUCGAGCAAGGUACUGUGACCAGUUGUGGCCCUGUAUGUGUGUUACCAUGCCACCAUCAGGCCUUCAGAGAUAACGGCUCAGGUCUCGUGGCCUCUGAAUGUUUGAAGAGUCUAAAAGACUGAAUGCUUCCUCACACCACAGUCCCGUACAAGCUCGUCACGCCAUCAGAGACAGCUCUAAUAGAGUGAGAAAAGACAGAAAGCCCGUUUAAGGCUACCCACCUGCGGUACUGACAGGCAUCAGAGCUGGAUGCUACUCUUCUUUUGUUGGGACUGCAUUGAGCAGAAGAUUGGUGGAUUUGGUCCUCCCACCGUGGAUUUCAACAGAAUGAUAACAGAUUUGUUAUACUUGCACCCAAGCAGCCUGGAAACAGGAACUGGCUCAGGCAAGGCUCCCAAAAACGGUUGGGUGAAUCGAGGUUAACAUGCACAACACUCAGCCAUAUAUCAAAUUCUACAUACUGUACGACAUGCACAUGGCAGUGGGCUCACACUUAAUAAGCUCAUGUAAAUAAAAUGUAUAACUUUCCAAAUAUUACAGCAUAAAUGUUAUUUUAAAUAAAAAAAAAAAGCUGAGAAAUAUUGUACGAUAAAGAAACAGUUAUAAAGCCUACUGUGAAUCAUAAGAUGAGAGCCUGAUAUAAGAAGUGGUUUGUGUGUGUACGUCUGCGUGUGCGUGUUUGUGUGUGUUCGCCCGUGUUGGAUGGGGUUGAAUGUUUGGAAGAGAUCUAGAUUAGUCUUGUCUGUCUGAAAGCUCCAACUUGCUUUAAAUGUUUAAAAAAAAUGUUACCUAAGUGUUUUCUAUAGUGUCUGCAAAGAUCAAGAAACAGUUGCAUAUAAAGCAUUUACA